AAUGUAAAUAUUUGUAAAAACAUUAACUGGAAAGACUAUCACUCUUGAUGUUGAACCAUCAGACACUAUUGACGCUGUCAAGGCUAAAAUUUAAGACAAGGAAGGAAUCCCACCUGAUUAAUAAAGACUCAUUUUUGCAGGAAAGUAAUUAGAAGAUGGAAGAACACUUUCAGAUUAUAACAUUUAAAAGGAAUCAACUCUCCACUUAGUUUUGAGAUUGAGAGGUGGAAUGUAAAUUUUCGUUAAGACUUUGACUGGAAAAACCAUCACUCUUGAUGUUGAACCAUCAGACACUAUUGACGCUGUCAAGGCUAAAAUUUAAGACAAGGAAGGAAUCCCACCUGAUUAAUAAAGACUCAUUUUUGCAGGAAAGUAAUUAGAAGAUGGAAGAACACUUUCAGAUUAUAACAUUUAAAAGGAAUCAACUCUCCACUUAGUUUUGAGAUUGAGAGGUGGAAUGUAAAUUUUCGUUAAGACUUUGACUGGAAAAACCAUCACUCUUGAUGUUGAACCAUCAGACACUAUUGACGCUGUCAAGGCUAAAAUUUAAGACAAGGAAGGAAUCCCACCUGAUUAAUAAAGACUCAUUUUUGCAGGAAAGUAAUUAGAAGAUGGAAGAACACUUUCAGAUUAUAACAUUUAAAAGGAAUCAACUCUCCACUUAGUUUUGAGAUUGAGAGGUGGAAUGUAAAUUUUCGUUAAGACUUUGACUGGAAAAACCAUCACUCUUGAUGUUGAACCAUCAGACACUAUUGACGCUGUCAAGGCUAAAAUUUAAGACAAGGAAGGAAUCCCACCUGAUUAAUAAAGACUCAUUUUUGCAGGAAAGUAAUUAGAAGAUGGAAGAACACUUUCAGAUUAUAACAUUUAAAAGGAAUCAACUCUCCACUUAGUUUUGAGAUUGAGAGGUGGAAUGUAAAUUUUCGUUAAGACUUUGACUGGAAAAACCAUCACUCUUGAUGUUGAACCAUCAGACACUAUUGACGCUGUCAAGGCUAAAAUUUAAGACAAGGAAGGAAUCCCACCUGAUUAAUAAAGACUCAUUUUUGCAGGAAAGUAAUUAGAAGAUGGAAGAACACUUUCAGAUUAUAACAUUUAAAAGGAAUCAACUCUCCACUUAGUUUUGAGAUUGAGAGGUGGAAUGUAAAUUUUCGUUAAGACUUUGACUGGAAAAACCAUCACUCUUGAUGUUGAACCAUCAGACACUAUUGACGCUGUCAAGGCUAAAAUUUAAGACAAGGAAGGAAUCCCACCUGAUUAAUAAAGACUCAUUUUUGCAGGAAAGUAAUUAGAAGAUGGAAGAACACUUUCAGAUUAUAACAUUUAAAAGGAAUCAACUCUCCACUUAGUUUUGAGAUUGAGAGGUGGAAUGUAAAUUUUCGUUAAGACUUUGACUGGAAAAACCAUCACUCUUGAUGUUGAACCAUCAGACACUAUUGACGCUGUCAAGGCUAAAAUUUAAGACAAGGAAGGAAUCCCACCUGAUUAAUAAAGACUCAUUUUUGCAGGAAAGUAAUUAGAAGAUGGAAGAACACUUUCAGAUUAUAACAUUUAAAAGGAAUCAACUCUCCACUUAGUUUUGAGAUUGAGAGGUGGAAUGUAAAUUUUCGUUAAGACUUUGACUGGAAAAACCAUCACUCUUGAUGUUGAACCAUCAGACACUAUUGACGCUGUCAAGGCUAAAAUUUAAGACAAGGAAGGAAUCCCACCUGAUUAAUAAAGACUCAUUUUUGCAGGAAAGUAAUUAGAAGAUGGAAGAACACUUUCAGAUUAUAACAUUUAAAAGGAAUCAACUCUCCACUUAGUUUUGAGAUUGAGAGGUGGAAUGUAAAUUUUCGUUAAGACUUUGACUGGAAAAACCAUCACUCUUGAUGUUGAACCAUCAGACACUAUUGACGCUGUCAAGGCUAAAAUUUAAGACAAGGAAGGAAUCCCACCUGAUUAAUAAAGACUCAUUUUUGCAGGAAAGUAAUUAGAAGAUGGAAGAACACUUUCAGAUUAUAACAUUUAAAAGGAAUCAACUCUCCACUUAGUUUUGAGAUUGAGAGGUGGAAUGUAAAUUUUCGUUAAGACUUUGACUGGAAAAACCAUCACUCUUGAUGUUGAACCAUCAGACACUAUUGACGCUGUCAAGGCUAAAAUUUAAGACAAGGAAGGAAUCCCACCUGAUUAAUAAAGACUCAUUUUUGCAGGAAAGUAAUUAGAAGAUGGAAGAACACUUUCAGAUUAUAACAUUUAAAAGGAAUCAACUCUCCACUUAGUUUUGAGAUUGAGAGGUGGAAUGUAAAUUUUCGUUAAGACUUUGACUGGAAAAACCAUCACUCUUGAUGUUGAACCAUCAGACACUAUUGACGCUGUCAAGGCUAAAAUUUAAGACAAGGAAGGAAUCCCACCUGAUUAAUAAAGACUCAUUUUUGCAGGAAAGUAAUUAGAAGAUGGAAGAACACUUUCAGAUUAUAACAUUUAAAAGGAAUCAACUCUCCACUUAGUUUUGAGAUUGAGAGGUGGAAUGUAAAUUUUCGUUAAGACUUUGACUGGAAAAACCAUCACUCUUGAUGUUGAACCAUCAGACACUAUUGACGCUGUCAAGGCUAAAAUUUAAGACAAGGAAGGAAUCCCACCUGAUUAAUAAAGACUCAUUUUUGCAGGAAAGUAAUUAGAAGAUGGAAGAACACUUUCAGAUUAUAACAUUUAAAAGGAAUCAACUCUCCACUUAGUUUUGAGAUUGAGAGGUGGAAUGUAAAUUUUCGUUAAGACUUUGACUGGAAAAACCAUCACUCUUGAUGUUGAACCAUCAGACACUAUUGACGCUGUCAAGGCUAAAAUUUAAGACAAGGAAGGAAUCCCACCUGAUUAAUAAAGACUCAUUUUUGCAGGAAAGUAAUUAGAAGAUGGAAGAACACUUUCAGAUUAUAACAUUUAAAAGGAAUCAACUCUCCACUUAGUUUUGAGAUUGAGAGGUGGAAUGUAAAUUUUCGUUAAGACUUUGACUGGAAAAACCAUCACUCUUGAUGUUGAACCAUCAGACACUAUUGACGCUGUCAAGGCUAAAAUUUAAGACAAGGAAGGAAUCCCACCUGAUUAAUAAAGACUCAUUUUUGCAGGAAAGUAAUUAGAAGAUGGAAGAACACUUUCAGAUUAUAACAUUUAAAAGGAAUCAACUCUCCACUUAGUUUUAAGAUUGAGAGGUGGCUAAUGAUUUUCUCUGU